ACGAGUCUCAGCGGCGUCAGUACGAGGAGUGGCUGGGGGAAACGCAGCAGCUCCUGCAGAUACAGCAGCGCCUCCUGGAGGACCAGAUCGCCGCUCACCGCAAGACCAAGAAGUCUUUGUCGGCCAAACAGAGGACGGCCAAGAAGGCCGGCCGAGCGCUCGCUGAGGAGGACGCCGCGCAGCUCCGCAACAUCACGGAGCAGCAGGGGGCGGUCCAGAAACAGCUGGAGCAGAUCAGGAAGCAGCAGAAGGAUCACGCCGAGCUGAUCGAGGACUACAGGACCAAACAGCAGCAGAGAGCGGCGGCAGGAGGGGCAUUCUCUGUUGGAACAAAGUUGUCUCUGAAGUUUGAAUACGAGUCUCAGCGGCGUCAGUACGAGGAGUGGCUGGGGGAAACGCAGCAGCUCCUGCAGAUACAGCAGCGCCUCCUGGAGGACCAGAUCGCCGCUCACCGCAAGACCAAGAAGUCUUUGUCGGCCAAACAGAGGACGGCCAAGAAGGCCGGCCGAGCGCUCGCUGAGGAGGACGCCGCGCAGCUCCGCAACAUCACGGAGCAGCAGGGGGCGGUCCAGAAACAGCUGGAGCAG